GGGAGGUGGUGGAGCUCCUCUCAUCCUUGUGCAUGCAGUGUAAUGAAAGGGUCCCAACAACUGCAGAGAAACCCACAAUUCAUGAUUUCUCCCUCGCCUCCACUUCAUCCUCUCAGUUAAACUCAAUUUUGGAUUACUGCCUCUUUUCAUAUGAAGACACCUGUGGAGGAUUAAAAGAAGAAUCUCCACGGAGGAUUAACUGUGCAGCUUCGUUACAUUCACUUUUCUUGGUUUUAUGAGUUGUUCUUCAGCUGGAAUAAUGUCUUCAUGUUGGAGUAGUAGCUCCUGGUUUGCAGUGGUGUUUGGAGCUGCGCUGGUUGUUCUUACUGCUGCUAGUGCUGGACCGAACCAGGACAGGAGGCAGGAUGGGUCGUCUACAUGCUAUGGAAGCUUUGAUCUCUACUUUGUUUUGGACAAAUCUGGGAGUGUGCAGCAUCACUGGACAGAAAUCUACAACUUUGUGGAACAUCUAGCUCACAAAUUCAUAAGUCCACAGUUGCGGAUGUCCUUCAUUGUGUUCUCCACUGAGGGAAGGAUCUUAAUGCGCCUGACAGAAGACAGGGAACUCAUUCGUAAAGGUCUAGAGGAGCUGUAUAGCGUUCGUCCAGGAGGAGACACCUUCAUGCACGAAGGCAUCCUGAGGGCCAGUGAACAGAUAUAUUAUGGAAACACUGAAGGUUAUCGCACUGCCAGUGUGAUCAUAGCUCUGACAGAUGGAGAGCUGCACGAGGAUCUUUUCUACUACGCUGAGCGAGAGGCGAACCGUUCCCGAAGCCUGGGUGCCUCGGUUUACUGCGUGGGGGUGAAGGACUUCAAUGAGACACAGCUGGCAAAAAUCGCUGAUAGCAAGGAACAUGUUUUCCCUGUAAAUGAUGGAUUCGAGGCCUUGCAAGGAGUGAUCGACUCGAUCCUGAAGAAGUCUUGUAUUGAGAUCCUGGCUGCAGAGCCGUCUAGUAUCUGUGCAGGAGAGUCUUUCCAAGUAGUGGUGAGAGGAAAUGGGUUUCUCCACGCCCACAACGUCGAUAGGGUCCGGUGCAGCUUCCGCAUCAACGACACCCUUACUAAGAUGGUGAAGCCUCUGAUUGUGGAAGAUACAUAUCUUCUCUGCACUGCACCAGUACUUCAAGAUGAGGGAAUGGCAGCAAACCUUUAUGUCAGUAUGAACGAAGGUCUCAGUUUCAUCUCCAGUUCGGUCACCAUUACCACUGUGGGCUGUUCUGAUGGGACCAUCCUGGCCAUAGCGCUGCUUAUCCUGAUGCUGCUCCUGGUCUUGGCUCUCCUCUGGUGGUUCUGGCCUCUCUGCUGCACUGUGAUCAUCCAUGAACCCCCGCCUCCUGCUGCGGAGGAGAGUUCGGACGAUGAAGACUUUGAAACCCCUAAGAAGAAAUGGCCGACGGUGGAUGCAUCCUACUACGGAGGAAGAGGGGUUGGGGGAAUCAAAAGGAUGGAGGUCCGCUGGGGGGAGAAAGGGUCCACCGAAGAAGGAGCAAAGCUGGAAAAGGCCAAAAAUGCCAAAGUGAAGAUGCCUGAGCAGGAGUAUGUGGAUGCACCGACGCGGGUCCUCAACAACGGCAUGCAGAAACCCCCCGGGCCCCAGAAGUGGUACUCACCCAUCCAGAGCAAACUGGAUGCAUUGUGGGUGCUUUUAAGAAAAGGCUACGACCGUGUGUCUGUAAUGAGACCUCAUCCCGGUGACAAGGGCAGAUGCAUGAACUUCACCCGCAUGAAGUCUCCCUCUCCCAGCUACCCAAACUACCACCACCAGCCAUCUCCCAUCUACAACCCUCCCAAAAGUCCUCCUCCCCCGCAGGGUCAGCUCCCACCGAGCCCCGGCAGCACUCCGUCAUCUCCAUCGUUCUCCUUCUCCAGCCUCCCUCUGCUGCCUCCAACACCUCCUCCCACCUGCUCCCCUCUCAACACACCUCCCCCUUACACGCCACCUCCCACCCGGGCUCUUCCUCUGACCAACCUGCACAUACCUGACCCUCCAGCACUACCACCGACCCCUCCACCCUCUGCCUCCCCGACUGGUUCCCUGCCUCCUCUUCCACAGGUACCUCUUCCAGGACGUGCCCCUCCACCUGCCCGCCCUCCACCUCGCCCCGGCCUGUAGAGCCCCGUCAGCAGACGAUGGAGAGUUUAAAAAGAUUUUAAAAAAGGCAACUCAGAGUCCCCUCAACAAUCAGCACAUGACCAUCCUUGAUUGUACCUGCGAGGACCUGUGAGCGCGGGCUUUAGCCUCCCUGCCUUGUGAAGUUGGAGCAGUGACUACUUGUUUUCAGCUGUUUGUCUACAGUGUACACACUUGGCCCAACAGUGCAAUUGCUGAUGCUUGAAUUACGCAGACAUUCCCUAAAAGUGAGGUCAUGCAGACCGUCUGAAAAACAUUUGCCUCCAUGGUCCUCGGAGCCGCUGCAGGCCCUCUUGUCCACUCACGAUUGGACGAAUCCUGAACAAGCAGAGGAACAACAGCUUGAACUUAAGCCUCUGUUCAAGGAGGAAAUUAUGUUCAAAAUGAUCAUUACACUAAAGUAUGUGCCUGUAACAUUUCCUGAUAAGAGAUAAGAGACUCAAGUUGCAAAUAUUCCAGAUGAAGAAUCUGAAAAUCCCCAUUUUUAUACUCUUGAAUGUUGAGCGAUUGCAUGCAAUAAUGUUAAUGUUCUUUUUAUAACAUUUCUACCUUGUUUUAUACAACAUAAAUGCAUUUUGUAUUUGUUUUUAAAUAUCGAGUAGACACAUUCACAUUAACUUCAGCGUAUUGAAACAGCAAUGCAACCUAUUUUAUCUUGUUUUUUUACGCCAUAGUAAAUAAUCUGGGUCACAUCCGGGGCUUUUUUGUGCUCAUCACAGUAAAGAAUGAUUUAAAUGAACCUCUCCAAGAUGAUUGCAAUCGCUGCAUAUGCUCCACCUACCAUUACGUGGAUAAAGAGUCAGGGAAAAGCUUUGCACAUCAUCUUCCACCCAUGGCCUCUAGCAAAAGGUUUUUAUCUAAACAAUACAUUUGAUAUAACCAUGUGUGUGCAGAUAGAUGCUUGCGUGUGCAUCAAAUAGAAAGAGGCUUUACUAAUUGUGACAGCCAUUUGAAUCAACUUAAACAGAAUCAUCUGUUUUCUUGCAUAAGGUGCUUUUAGUUCCUCAAAGCAUGGAACGUGAUGAAAGCAGGCCGUCUCAUGGGCCAUAAAAAGUCAAGUUUAGAUUCAAUAAAAGUGAAUAUAAGAUUAUGUUGAUCAGAGGAGUCCCCACAAAAUGCAGUGCAGAUUGUAAUGGCUGGCUCCUCAGAGUCUUGAAUGUCAUGGCAAAACUGAAAAGAACCUUUUCAAAUUUCCAGCCAUACAGUAUGUUGAAUACUUUGUUUGGUUCCUUCAAAAUGAAAGUAAACUAUUGACAUGUAUUAAAGUGGAUUCUGUCUUUCUGUAUUAUUUAAAAAAAAAAUACAAUUACUAAUCCAUAAACUACUAUAGGCAAAAGUCUGCAAAGAU